AUGCUCUUCCAAAAGAUUACUUUUAUACUGGCCGCUGCUGCCUCUACAGUGUGCGCUUCUCUAGCCGAACCCACCGGUCUCCUUGAAGAACGCGCAGAGCUGAGUAAAAAGUGCACCUCCGUCGUGAAGGAUCUUCGCCACAUCCUGAAGCAAGUGCCCACCCCCCCUUCCUCCCUCAUCAAGUACGCCGCCUCGCAGACGCAAUGGGCCACACUCUCCGACUGCGAGAUCCCCUGGGUCACGGACAGCAUGGCCAGCCAGUUCACCUCCUACAUGUCCGCCCGGUCCAGCUGGCACUCCAAGCACAGGAGCGAGCUCGGGAAGUACGUCUCCGCCUGCGCGGAUGACCUCAUCAAGAUCGGCGAGGAUUCUAACGUCGACCUCUCCGGUAUUACCUCGACUUGUGACGAGUACCUGUGGGCGACGUCGACUGCUCGCCCUACCUCGAGCAACAGCAACAACAGCGGCGACAAGGACAGUGAUAAGGGUACUGCUGCCCAAGUCUCGAUCUCGAUCUCUAUCAUCGGUGCGGCUCUGGCUGCUGGUAUUAUUGCCGUUGGUCUACUAUAA